UAAUAUUUUUUCAGUCGAUAACUGAAGUUGUCAAUAUGAUUUAAUUUGUUUAAUUCUAAUAGUUGGAUUUAUUUCGUCAAAUGAUAUUCAAUCAUAUAGUAUAAUUUAAAAAAUUAGUUAAUAUAAUAUUUAUAUGACGAUAUAUAUACGAUAUAUAUACUGAUAAUAUAAUAUAAUAAUUUAUUGUUAAUGCAAAUAGAAUAGUUUGUGUAGAAUUUUUAUUUAUAAAGAUUUUGAUAGUGUUUUGAAGAUUUCAUACAAAAUGAUGAUGGAUUAUUUCGUUACAAAUAAUUCUUUAGCUCCUGCACCUAUGGGAAUUCAAAGUACAGCAGGUGCUGUACCUGUAAAAAAUGAUAAAGGUGAACUCUCUAUGAAAAAAGUAAAAGUACAUCGUUAUGUUUCUGGUAAACGACCUGAUUAUGCACCAGUUGCUAGUUCGGAAGAAGAAUCUGAAGAAGAAGAUUUUUUGGAAAGACGUGUACAUAAAAAUUAUGAAGAAAAUGAAAUUUCUACAGAUACUCCUACACAUUCACAAAUUAAAAUAUGUGAUGAAGAUGAUCCACGUAUAAGGAGAUUAACACGUUUAGAAAAACAAAAAGAAUCAAAUACAGAAAUUCGUGCAGAAAGGCAUAGACAUAUACAUGAACCAGAAUUAAUUGAAGUUGAACCUGAAAGAACUCGAGAAAGAAUUAAAUUAGAAAGUUCAGAUUCUUCAGAAGAUGAAGAAUUAUCAGACUCUGAAAUUGAAAAAAGACGAGAAGCAUUAAAACAAAGAGUUUUAUCUAAAAAAGAAAAUGAAGAAGAAUUAAUUCAUGGAGAAGAAGAUGAAAGAUCAGGUGAUACUUCAGAAGAAAGCUCAGAAUAUGAAGAAUAUACUGAUUCAGAAGAAGAAACUGGACCAAGAUUAAAACCAGUUUUUGUACGUAAAAAAGAUAGAAUUACAGUAAUGGAAAAAGAGAAAGAAGCAAUGAAACAAAAACAAGCAGAAAUUGAAGCUAAAAAAAUGGCUGAAGAACGAAAACGACAAACAUUACGAAUGGUAGAAGAAGCAAUAAGAAAAGAAGCACAAGUUAAUAAAAAUAUAAAUGAUAAUGAAGGGAAACUUGAAGAUGUUUGUACAGAUGAUGAAAAUGAUGAAAUUGAAUAUGAAGCUUGGAAAUUACGAGAAUUAAAAAGAAUUAAACGUGAUCGUGAAGAAAGAGAACAGCUUGAAAAAGAACGACUUGAAGUUGAACGUAUACGUAAUAUGACGGAAGAAGAACGAAGACAAGAAGCGCGAUUGAAUCCGAAAAUUAUUACAAAUAAAGCAGCUAAAGGAAAGUACAAAUUUUUACAGAAAUAUUAUCAUCGUGGAGCUUUUUAUUUAGAUAAAGAUGAUAAUAUAUUUAAACGAGAUUUUUCUGGUGCAACUUUAGAGGAUCAUUUUGAUAAAACAAUUUUACCAAAAGUUAUGCAAGUGAAAAACUUUGGACGUAGUGGUAGAACUAAAUAUACUCAUUUAGUUGAUCAAGAUACAACUCAAUUUGAUUCUCCAUGGAUUUCAGAAACAGCACAAAAUUUAAAAUUUCAUAAUAAUCAAGCUGCAGGAAUGAAACAAGUAUUUGAACGACCAUCAUUAAAAAAACGGAAAAAUGAAAAUUAAUCAAGAUACGUCAAACAAUUUUAAUUUUAAUAUUUCUAAUAAAAUUUAAUUUAAUACAUACAAUUUGAUAUAUGAACAUUAAUAAAUUUGUAAUUAAUAAAUUUUCUAUCAGUAUAUAUUAUUAUAGAUUUUGAAUAUUAAAUAUGGAAUAAUUUAUAAAUAUAUAUCAUUUCUUUUAGCAUUUUUUACUAUUUUUAUCUAUCUUUUAUACAACAAAUUUUUUAAUGCUUGUUUUGCCGCAGCACAUUUUGCUUGUUUCUUAUUUGUACCAAAUCCAUGAAAAAGUUUUGUUUUCCCCUCAAUAGUUACUUUUAAAGGUAUCAUAAUAGUAUUUGUAUUUUCAACAAUAGUUGUUUUUCUAAAACAAAUAUGUAAUUGUUAAUUAAUUUUAAUAAAGAUAAAAUAUUAAUUAAUAAUA